AUGGAGAUCUUAUCAGACUCUGAACAACAGAUUACAUUACAACUUACAUUUCAAGAUUUGGGAGAUUCCAUCAUCUAUACUUUUGUUUAUGCUAAGUGUUCAGCACUUGAAAGACUAAGCUUGUGGGAUGAUAUUUAUUUACUGAGUCACAAUAUGAGGUUACCUUGGCUUGUUGGUGGCGACUUCAAUGUUAUUUUGAAUGAUGAAAAGAAAAUUGGAGGUCAUCCUGUUUAUCCUCAAGAAUAUGAGGAUUUUGCUUUUUGUGUGAACUCUUAUGAGACUUUUAAUAUUAACUUUAAAGGGAGUCCUUUUACUUGGUGGAAUGGAAGAGCGUAUGUUGAAUGUAUAUUUAAAAGACUUGAUAGACUGUUGAUCAAUCAGGUUUUUCUUGGUCAUUAUGGAAAUGUGGAGUUGGAGCAUCUUGCAAGAACAUGGUAUGACAAUGCACCCAUGUUACUGAGUAGUGGGGAUCAGACUACUAAUAUCAAGAGGUCUUUCAGAUUUUUGAAAUUCUGGACAGAAAAAGCUGAUUGCAAAGAAGUUGUGAGAUAUAAUUGGGUUGCUGAUGAGUCCAUUGAUGUUUUUAUUAACUUGAAACAAAAGAUGAAGAGGACUAAAAUUGCAUUGUCUACAUGGAGUAGGGUGAGAUUUGGAGAUAUUUUUAAGCAACUUGCAAAAAGGGAAGAAAUUGUUAGAAUUAAAGAAGGUCUUUUUGAAGAACAACCAACUGCUGAAAACAGAGCUAUUCUUCAAAAGGCACAGGCUGAGUUACAACAGUAUUUACACCACGAAGAGGAAUUUUGGAGACAGAAAUAUGGUGUUAAAUGGUUUACUAAAGGAGACAAGAAUACAAAUUUUUUUCAUAAUCUUGUGAACGGGAGAAGAAAGAGAUUACAAGUCAAAAGAAUCCUUAAAAGAGAUGGUGUCUAG